ACACGGACUCAGAUGUCGCGCGCAGCCGCGGACGCACGAAAUCUCACUCUGGUGCGACUGAUGGAACAGUGAUACCUAACUGCUCGAGCGCGCCAAGAAGAAAUGUUUAUCAUGAAACCGGACCGGGAUAAUAGGACUUACAUUUAUUAAUGUUUUUCUCUCUUGUCAGUUUCGCCAAUCUUUCAUUUCGGUAAAGUUUCAUGUUUAUGUUGUCUGAAUAUCGAUGCGGAGGAUCAGAUGAGCGACUGAAGACACCGGCUUUUUCCUGACUCAAACGACCCCUUCCCUUUUGAUACCUGUGAUUAUUUCCUCCAUUACGUUUCUUCUAUUCUGUACUUUGAAGGACAGUUACCUGCCAUGUCUUGGAAAGUAGGACUCGUGAUACUCCUGAGCUGGGGGUUCAGCUCAUGCGAACCGCACGAGGAAGAUACGAUGGACACGGAGGGGACAGCGCGCGCAGAAAUGCAGAAGAUCCCUAUUCAAACUUUGGAUUUUGGAUUCGUGCCGUCAGUGGUCUACGAGACGCACGCCUAUUACGAACCAGGAACGAUGGGGGUUCUUUUUCAUAUGGUGCAUGCAUUCCUCUAUGCGGUUCAGCCGAACCCUUUCCCCAAAGAUCUUAUCGUUAACGUGAUGCAGCAGAACAAGGGAGGAAUCAAGUUGGAGGAGUAUCAGAAGCCUGAGAACGUUGUGCUAGCACUACAGACCAUCUACUAUGAGCUGGGCUUCAUUGUGCUGUCGGUGAUGGGUGCCCUGUUUGUGCUGUUCGCGCCGCUGGUUGGCUUGUGCUUCUGCCUGUGCCGCUGCUGUGACAACUGCGGAGGGGAAAUGCAUCAGAGGCAGAGGAAGAACGCCGACUGCCAGCGCGGCUUCUACACUACCAUGCUCAUCGCCACCUCCGUCUUCCUCACUGCUGGUGUGUUGGUUGCAUAUUCUGCCAAUCAUAACUUGAGCUCCCACAUCAGAAGCACAAGGAGGCUGGUUAACACCAACAUGAGAGACCUCAAGGCCUUUGCAAAUACUACACCAGCGCAAAUAGACUACCUGACAGCGCAAUACACCGUAGCCAAAAACAAAGUCCUCUCUGACAUGGACAACAUUGGGACGUUACUUGGUGGCCGGAUUCAAAGCCAGUUAGAGAGAGAUGUUGUUCCAGCUCUGGAUAAUGCCCUACGCAUGACUGGAGCCAUGCGGGAGACUAAGGAGGCCCUGGAGAACGUCAGCACGUCUCUGGAGACGCUGCAGGACGCCACGGGGCUCCUGCAGGAGAGUCUGCAGAGCGAGCGCUCCUCCCUCAGCAACACGCUCAACGACCCGGCCUGCACCAACGGAGACGUCUCGCACACCUGCAACACCAUCAGGGGCACGCUCAGCCAGCUGGCCCUCAGCGCCAACUUCAACAGGCUUCCUGAUGUGAACCACCAGCUGGCCAAUGUGGACAACGUCCUUAAAACAGACCUCAGCAAUAUAGUCCAGAAGGGCUAUUCAGCCUUCAACAACACACCGAAGCUGGUCAGAGAGCAAACCCAAAAUGUAGUCACAAGGGUGAAGGGGAUGCUGGAUAAGGUUGGAGGAGAAAUCAUUGGCUUCACAAAAAUGUUUCCUCUGGAGCCUGCACUGGUCAACUUCACCAUGUUCUUGACAGAGAGCCAGAAGAACAUCGAGGCCUUCUAUCCUCAGAUUGACCAGCUAGACUUUUACAGGUGGAUUGGCUGUGUGUCUAUAUGCUGCAUGGUGGUUCUCAUCCUGGCCUUUAACUUCCUGGGCCUGCUCUGUGGAAGCUGCGGCUAUGACAAAAAUGCCUCCCCCACCAUGCGUGGCUGCAUGUCCAACACUGGCGGCAACCUUCUCAUGGCCGGCGUGGGCUUUAGCUUCAUCUUCUCAUGGGCGCUCAUGGCAGUCGUGGUGUCCACGUUUGUUGCCGGGGGCAACAUUGAAAAACUGAUCUGCGAGCCACUGGCCAACAGAGAGCUGUUCAAGAUCAUUGACACGCCAUAUAUAGUGCACCCAGAAAAGAAGAACUUCCUCCCAGGCAUGCUGUUUCAGGAUCCAAACAUCGACCUGACCCUCGGCAGCAUGUACAGGGACUGCUAUGACAAUAACGGCCUCUAUUCAUCCCUACAGUUAGAGAAAAAGUUUAACUUCAACCGUUUUCUCAAUGGCACUAUGUACAACCCAGAGCUGGCUAAGGUGUUUAACGGAGUGAGGGUGGACCUGGAGGGCGUAGUGCUGUUGGAACAAGAAGGGAGAGAUAAUCUCCUGAACUUUGCCAACACUGGCGUUGGCGAGAUAGAGUAUGAGGCCUAUCUGGCUGAGGUGAACAAAGGCGUGACUGUGGUGGAUUUGUUAUCCUUUGCGAACGAACUGGAUGACCAGGCCGACCAACUGCCUCGAGGAGCACUGGCCAACGCACUGAAGGGCCACGCCAGCAGCAUCCGACUGACACACAAAGAGCAGGUGGUGCCAAUGGAGCAAGCCAUGAAAUAUGUGCGCGCACGGAGUACUCUGAGUUCCAGUAUUCGGCUGCUGGAGAGAACAGCUAAGGACCUGCCGAAUAAAGUCAAUAAUGUGUUGUCUGCCAUCGAUGCUGCAGAGUAUCUCAUCACUAACAACGGUUCAUACGUCGUCAAACAGGAGACAGAAAAGUUCAUGCAGGGCGUGGUGGGAUAUUUCAAACAGUACACAAAAUGGGUCAAAGCGUCGCUUGACUCCGAGGUGGCCCAGUGCAAGCCCAUCAGUAACUUAGUGGACUCUCUGGAGAUCGUGGCCUGCAGCUUCAUAGUGGAUUCUGUGAACACUUUCUGGUUUGGACUUGGUGGAUUGUUUUUCCUAAUCCCAAGCAUCAUUCUGUCAGUCAAACUCGCCAAAUACUUCAGGAGAAUGGAUACAGAAGAUGUUUUCGAUGAUGGUAAUGAGAACUGGAGCUAAUCCGUCAUGUGAGUGACAGCGGACUAAUCACAUCCCAGAGAAAAGGGGAAGAGAGGAAAGUAGAGGCGGAAGACAAAAAAGAAGCGAGACCUCAGCAGAGGUCAUUUCAAAAGCAUCUCUUCACUGCUGACAUAACACUCCAACCCGCUGCUACCCCCCACCCCCAGUCUCUCACUCUCCUGGACAACACCUCUCUACCAACUCAGAACCAACCUCCCUCAAGAACCCAGACCUACGGAUCCUCUCAGUCCACCAGAACCCGUCACCUCUGAUUAAACUGACCUGUAGUGCUUCAGCCCAUAGCACAUUUCACAAAAAUGAUUAUUUUUCAGACAUCACAAGAGACUGACUGAAUAUGACCCUGCUGUUGUGAUGACGAGCUUCCUACUGUACUUCAGAUCGUGUAUUUCUAUUCUUAUCAGUACUGGCUGUGACCACUACACAUGUGCAAGCCGAACCAUGUCACAAAUGUAUGUUCUUUUUUUGUAUUUCACUUUCAAAACACUUUUUUGAAAGUUUUAUAUAUAUUUUUGUUAAUACUUUUCUAAGCAAUGUUAAUAGGGAAAUCUUUUUUUGUGUGUGGAUGUGAUUAUGACUUUAUGAUCAAGUAUGGCUGUAGUCUUACCCAGUGAGGCGCAAAUGGUAAAGAACAUUGUGAAAAGGAGGUUCAGGUUAGCCUCCAAUUGGCAGGCCACCAGGAUCUGAAUGGUUUGUGUUUUAAUACAGCCUCUUAUUCAAAAUGAUCCAUAUUUGCAUCAUACCUGUUAGUCUCACAGUGGCAUCAACUCUCAGAGCUUGUACAAAAGGGAUCUUACUACGUGAUGGGUAAGGGAGCCUGAUGGUGGAAUCAUGAUCAAAGUCGUGACUUUUUUAUAAUUAUUUAUGUCAUUACCUAAAUACAUCUGAGAUCUGAAUAGACAUGCCGUAUAACUAAAGUGUAGAAAUGAGAACAUAAACAAUAGCAGAAAUUUGAUCUAUUUUAUCAUAAACCUAUAAACCAGCAUUUGUACAAUGUAUACACAAACUCAUAUACACAAAUUGAUGUAUGUCAUGGUAGAGGCCAAACACUACAUCAGAAGGACAUUACUGGAAGCCAAAACUCGUAGUUCUCAGGAGAUCGGUGAGAGAUAUUCUAGUUCAGUAAAGGGUGCAUUAUCACAUGUGAUAACGUGUUUGCGCAUGAUCAGUAUUCAAAUCCAAACAAUACUGCAUAUAUGACGUUCCCAAAUGAUCUUAAGUAGAAUUUUGGUUGACACCUACUUUGGGGGGGAAAACCUCAUAAGGUAUAGUUCUGGUAUUACGUAGUAUAAAGUGUUUAUGUCAGUCAAAGAGAGACAGUCACAUACCUCUUGCAUAAUUCCCCCCCAAGUAAGUGUUGCUGUAAUCUUUUUUUUUUUCAGUGUUUCACUGUAGUCUUUAUUCAUUUUCUUUUCUCUGUCCUCCUUGUGUCAUGUUGCAGUGGUCUGGUAGGUACUGUGGCACACUGAGAGCCGUGUGAGCCAUGCUGUUGGCACCCAUGGGGCCGCGGGUCAGUUGGGAUAUGAGUCUGUGGGAGUGCACAACCACUGAAAUAGCCCUUGGGCUAUUGAACACUGAAAUAGUUCCAGUUAAAAACUAAAAAAAAAAAACAGCUGCUCCCUGUGCAAAUGUGUGGACAUAAAUCAUGAAUAAAGAAAUUAAGUUUGGUGAA